AGGAUUGUAAAAAAAAAAAACCCGAAACCCUUCUUCUCCGUUCUCUAUAUUCCGCUUCUCUUCUUCACACUCCCCUCCUCCUCUUCUUCUUCUUCAGCUUGUUCACCUUUCCUCCCACUUCCCCCACUCGAUCACGAUCGUGACAACGUCCGGCCGCUCGCCGCUGCUAGGGACCUUCGUCGGCCUGCUUUGUGGCCCGAUUCGGAUCUUUUGAGAGUAUACACUCUGUUGCGAAUCGCGGCAUCUUGUCCGCCGUCACCACCUCUGUUCACAGCUUUCCAUCUUCGUACGCAGGCUUCUGAGCUAUGGUGGGUUGGCAAAGACAUAUUUUACAGACACUGUAUCGUCAAGCUGGGAGAAGGGUAGUGCCUACUAGUCAAACUACCUUUGCCAAGUUCACAUCUUCAUGUGGGGCAUCCUCUGUUUUGCCUGGCAAAUCAAAUUGCUGGGAGACGUUUCAGAACCCAUCACCAUCCUCUCUGCGCCCUCUUUAUCAGUAUUUGCAACAUUCGGGAAUUUCCUAUUCAGGGACAAUGCUGGCUGAUUCCUCAGAGGAGAAACCUAUUUCUUCUCCAUUGACUCCAGUGCUAGCUUUGGAUAGCGGGAAAGCCGAAGACCAGAAGGCGGUUUCCAAACCUGCUACAGUUCAAGCUGUGCUGAAGGGGAUAAAGCAGAGUCCCAAGAAGGUCAACUUGGUUGCUGCGCUAGUUCGUGGCAUGCGGGUUGAAGAUGCAUUGUUGCAGUUGCAAGUGACCGUGAAAAGGGCUUCGAAAACUGUUUACCAGGUUGGUGAAUCAGUCUGUUGUUACUUAUUUGGAAUCACUGCAUAGUUAGGAGACAUAAUAUUCCAUGACCAGGUUCAUGGUGGUGCUAGACAUUUUGGAGAUAAGCUUGUGGAAACUGGCAUUUUAUGUCCGGAUGAAUCAGAAUAUUAUGGUGUUAAUAUAUUUCUUUGACUAGCAUUUGAUCAUUCUGGUCAGAGUAGCAUCAUUAAGUGGAUUGUAGUAAGAAAAAGUUAACUGAUUGAACUAUCUGGAGCAUGAACUCUGUUCGUGAUAUUUUAUGAGUGAUGACCGAUCCCAUACUACCCCCCAUUAAUUGAAAAUCCAUAACUCCAAUUGCUACUGCCAUAGUCAUUUUCACUUUCUCUUUCACUGAUAGCAAUGAUCAUGGAACUGAUGUAUAUCUAGAUCGUUUGGCCUAAUGUAUUGUAGGUCAUACAUUCAGCACGGGCGAAUGCAACACAUAAUCAUGGUCUGGAUCCAGACCGUCUGCUCGUUGCUGAGGCAUUCCUGGGGAAGGGACGCUUCAUAAAGAGAGUCUCGUAUCAUUCCAAAGGGAGGCACGGAAUCAAAGUGAGACCAGAGUGCCGGUUGACGGUUGUGGUUAGGGAGACUACCCCGGAAGAGGAGGCUCAUAUUGCCAAGCUGAAGGUAAACAACUUCCGCAAGCUGACAAAGCGAGAGAAGCGGCUUGUCCCUCACAAACUUAUCGAGAUCGAACCAGUUUGGGGACGCAAAAGCAGAAAUCACGACCCGAAAGCUUCUGCUGCAUAAUCUGUAUUCUAAGAGAUGCUGUGAGCUGGAAAUCACCUCCAGUUUAUGCCACAGGCUUUAGGGAGUGCAGGAUUUAGCUGACGAUUCUCUUAGCAGUUAGUUUCUAUUUUUCCAUAGAGAUUUACACUAUGCUUCUGAUCUAUGUUUAGAGCUGUUUUAUCAGAAGAAAAAAUGAGAAGCUUUUUGGGCCACUGUUGGCAUAAACUCCUUUCAUGCAUAAUGAACAAAACUGUACUUUUGCUACCUUGGGAAACAAAUCAUAGCCGUUGGUUUUGUGAUUUGAUGGUAGAGAUUAGCAUAAACUCCCUAAAGCCUCUUACAAAAAUUCUGCUAGGAUGUGGAUAACAGUUUCAAUCUGAUCCAGUGGAUCCUACUUGUUCAACAGCAAUCCAGCAUUGUGCACUCCUUUCAGAUUGCUCUGUUCUUG